GAAUGCUGCGGGAAUUUUAGGACCAACUUCACAGUCAAUAAUGCGUAAGGGAACGGAGAAAUAACAAAACAUGAGCAAGCUAGCUUUGGAAAGACCUUCCGUAUCCAAUCGAAAGCGAGAUGUUCAACGUUGUAUGCAGCAGGUCUACGCUGCAGACGAUAAAGAGCCAACAAAGCUUAAUGCGUUUGCGAAGAAACAUCGCCCAGUCAAAACGCCCGGGAGCCAAUUGGAAAAGUGUCUCAUUACAUCAGACCUGCUAUCAAUAAAACAUUCCGAACCGUAGUUGCCACUGGACCCCGUUGGCAACCGGCUUCGGGAGCACAAAGAAAUCCUGAAACCAACAAACCACCGGUCUACCAGAAUGAGCAGGUUAAAGCGUGACGCAUCCCCCGCAAGCAUCAAACAAGCGCUUAGUCUCUACCUACUUAGACCCUGGAUGGAAUCCCCCGCGCGGUCCGCUACCAUGGCUCCAGUCUCACCGUCAACACUAGCUCCUCUACAACCUUCGCUGUCGCCUGUACCAUUGCAUAUUAUAAAGGUCCAGGAGAAUAUCCCCAACGAUCGUUUGAAUACACUGCCUAUUACUGAGCUCCAGACAAUGACAACCAAUUGCAACUCUACAAUUGACCAGCGCCUACUCGUUCCUGCACUCGUCGAGAAGCAGGCUGAGCUCAAACUUCCCCAAACCGAAUUAGAGCAUCAGAGCAAAGAAGAUGGCGUCUUCAGAUUCCCCAGAUACAAUAUGGCACAUCAUCGCCCGAGCCCUCCGUCACCAGCACAACAGCAACACCCAAAACCCGACCACCCAUCCACAACCACCAGCACAAGACACAUAUCAGAAAGUCGAAAAGCGAACAGAUCCAUAUACGCUCCCGAGCGAGGCCAGCGAACCCGACGACCCCAAUCAACACAAAUCGCAGACCUCAGCCCCCAGUCCCCGACCUUCGGGCCGCGGAUGGGACAACUCCCAAGCGGCACCGUCUACCGGCGCCGGUGCUCUCUCCCCGCCAACGUACCCGCAAACCCGCAUCCAGCGGGCAUUGAGGCUGAGCUCCAGAGGAGCCAGGCAGCUCUGAGGACGAACCAGGAGAAGCGGAUGCAGUGGGAGGCUGCCUGGGCGUGGGUCGAGCACAACCUCGAAGACUGCGUCCAGCACAUCGCCGACGAUGGCAACAAAAGCAAGGCGGUUGAUCAGUUCGGCGCGAGCCACGACGUCUGGGACGAGCUGCUCACGCUGAAGACUGAGGCUGAGGGGUUGGAGGCGAGGAUCAAGGACCUGGCGGGGGAUGGUCGGACGCAUGUUCCGCUGAGGAGCAGUAUCUAAGGGUUCUCUUUCUCUCAUCGUCGACGAUUCUCCUUCUUUUCUUUUAUCGCUCGGCACGUUGAACUGUGCUGUAGAUAUCACUACACCUCAGUAUAGGAUUAAAACAAAAAAAACCGGACGGGGGGAUGUGAAACCGCAUCCUGACCCCUUGAGGGCCCUCACGGUAACUUAUCGUUUAACAUGCCACUGUUUCUCCUUAUUAGAUUGAAUGCAGGCUUGACAUAUUUUGGCAAGGAACAACGUAUGGUUGAAAAUACAUUGUAGUAUAGUACGUUUAGGCGGGCAUUAGAAAAACAUUUCGUACUUUACUUUAUUGCCUCUUCUUUUCCUCGAAUUGUACCUAGCUGGAACG